AUGAUGCAUGAGACGAUAAUUGAGACACUUUAUGGCUCAGUAUCUCAGGAUAUUUUAAUUGUUAAGGCGGCAGAAGAAAAACUUAAGUCAUGGGAAACGGUUCCAGGAUUUUACUUAUCUCUUCAAGAUAUUUUUAUGGAGAAAGGAUUACCGAAUAAUGUUCGUUGGAUCAGUAUUAUUUACUUAAAGAAUGGAAUUGAUCGAUAUUGGAGAAAAAGUGCAAAAAAUGCAUUAUCAUUGGAUGAGAAGGAGAGGAUACGAAAACGAGUUUUGCAGUGUUCAAUAGAGGAAAACCAUCUUUUAGCGGUUCAGAAUUCUAUACUAGCAGCAAAAAUUGCUAGGCUAGAUUUUCCAAAUGAUUGGCCAUUUUUGUUCGAGGAGCUUUCUUUAAUGAUAAUGGAAUCAAUUGCAUCUAAAUCUUAUACAUUUCAACAACGACAUUUAUAUACACUUUAUCAAAUUGUUAAAAAUCUUUGUGCCAGUCGACUUGUUAGAGCAAAAUAUAAUCUACAGCAAAUAACUCCGAAACUAUUUGAACUUGUCAGUGAAAUAUUUAAAAAUUAUACGGAUCAAUGGAUCUAUACGGUUCAAUCCAAUUUUUCAGAAUCUGAAAUCUUUCCUUUUCUGCAAAUAAGUCAUAUAUGUCUUAAGAUUCUUCGACGAUUAAUCAUUUAUGGAUUUGAGUACCCAUAUAAAAACGAGAAUGCACAAUUUUUUUUCCAAUUAUCCUAUAAAUAUUUAAAGAUAUACUUUGAUCUAUGUAAACAUCUUAAAGAAAAAAUAUCUUUUUUAUAUUCACAUAUAAUUCUUUUUGGAAAAAUGUUUUUAAACUUUUCAUCAACACAAUCAACUUCUAUUUUUUUAAUGCCAAAUUCUAUUGAAAUUGUUUUAACUUAUUUAAAUAUUAUAGAAGAAAAUGCUAACAUCUUUACUGAGCAAGAUACAGAGUACGUAAAUUUUAUAUACAAAAUAGUAAUACAAGGUCUUCUUCUUAUAAAAUCAUCAGUGAAAUUUCUUCAUAAUUCAGAUAUUUUAUUAGAAUUUAAAUUGGGAGAAUAUAAACAAGAAAUUGAAAAAACAUAUAAAAUUUUAAAAGAAAAUUUAUUCAAUUCAGAAAUACUUCAAAGAAUUUUUGAGAUAUUGAUUACUAAAUUUAUAGUUUUAAAACCAAAUGAUCUUUUCGCUUGGGAAGAAGAUCCUGAACAAUGGCUUUUAACAGAGGAAAAGCAAUCUUGGGAAUAUGAACUUCGACCUUGUGCAGAAUCUUUGUUUAUAGAUAUCUUUUCAAUAUAUAACAAUGUAUUAUCCAAUUUUCUUAUAUCAUUACUUCAAGCAGUAGAAAUAACUUUUGAUGAAAAUACAUUUUUUCUAAAAGAGGCUGUUUACAAUGCUUUUGGGUUAAGUAUUUGUUUUUUACCUGACUCUGUUGAUUUUAAUUAUAUUUUCAUGAAUUUUUUAUCAAAAGACAUACAAAUACAAAAUUCAAGGAUUUCCAAAAUUAUAUAUAGAAGAAUUCUUAUACUUAUUUCUCAAUGGGUAUCUUCAAAAUCUUCAAAAAACAUCCAAAACAAUAUAUAUACAAUUAUUGAAAGAUUCCUGGGUCCAUAUGAAGAAUCAAAUGACCUAAUUGUCCAAUUUACGGCAUCAAUGUCUUUAAAACAAUGUGUAGAUGAAUUGGAUUUUGAAAAAGAACAAUUUUAUCCUUAUUUAAAAAACAUAUUAGACGGUUUAUUGCACUUAAUAAAUCGAUGCAAACUUUCUGAUUCAAAACUUAAGGUUUUAGAAGUUAUUAAUAUAAUUAUAGAAAGAAUGGGGCAGCAGAUCUCUCCAUAUAUACAAAGUAUUGUUGAUAUAUUACCAUCUCUUUGGGAAAAUUCUGAAGAAGGACAUCUUAUUAAAGCUACUGUUAUUGUAACUUUAACAAAACUAAUCAAAUCUCUUCGAGAAGAAUCAGGAAAAUAUCAUCCUCUGGUAAUGCAAUUGAUUAGAUAUUCUAUUGGUUCAUCAAUGAACACUUAUAUUUAUUUGAUGGAAGAUGCUCUUGAAUUAUGGCAUGCUCUACUUCAAGAAACUCAAAAUUCAUCUUUUGAAGUGUUAUCUCUUAUUCCUUUAGCUAUAACCUGUUUAGAUCAUGGAGAUGAUAUAUUAAAAAAGGUAUUUUAUAUUUUUGAAAGUUAUAUAUUAUUAUCUGGAAAUGAAUUUAUGAAGCUUUAUUCUUUGCAAUUUUUGACAAAACUUUCAAAUCUUUUAGGAGAAUUGCGGCUUGAUGUAUUCUAUAUCAUAAUAAAAGUACUUGAUCUUGCAUUUCAGACAACAUCUAUCCAUUUAUAUUCAGAUGAAUUGAUUAAAUCCAGGUUUAUUUUCAAAAUAUUGGAAUCUAUUAUAAUCAAUCAAGAACCUAAACCCAUCAUUAUACAAUAUUUUUCACUUAUUUCUAGAAUAUCUAUGCAAGAUCCUUGUAUAAUAUUUGAUUUUCUAGCAAAAUUUUCAUUUCAACAAGAUAUAUCAAGUAAUGAAGAAAUAAUUAACAACUUUAUAAAUACAUGGAUUUCUACAUUUGAUAAUAUUGGCAAUCCUAAAUAUAGAAAACUAAAUGUAAUGGGAAUAACUUCCUUGCUAAUAACCAACAAUCCUUAUAUUCUUGCCAAUAUAAAAUCUCUAAUAAAUAUAUGGUCUGAAACUUUAAGCGAAAUAAAUGAAAAUAAAGAAGGAGAUGCUCUUAUAUAUUGGAAUACACAAGAUGAUGAAAACGACUUGGAUAUUACAAAUAAUCCUGAAAUGGCUCGUAGACAACAGCUUAUAAAACAAGAUCCUAUACACACAACUCAUCUAGAAACAUAUAUUCAUCAAUUUUUUUUUUCUUGUGUUGAAAAAAAUAAUGGGUUAGAGCAAUUCAAAAUAAACUAUUAGACACAAGGCAUAACUAAUAUUUUAUGAUAAACUAAUAUAUAUAUA